AUCAUGGCGGACGACAGGUAUUAAAUGUGGGUUUUGUACAUGUGAAUCGGCGUGCUCAAUUUCACAGCGAAAAAUAUAACCAGUGGCCCAGAUGUUGAGCUGACACGAUGGCACUGAGGACUUUGACUAACAUUUUUCAUGAACUUACUAUCUGUGGCAAUCCCCAGAUAUAUCAACAAGUUAUUAGAAAUGGCAUGAUAACAUCAUGGUUUCACACCUCAUCUAUUCUUGGAGGAGUUAACAAAUUCAGGAAUCCUGAUAAGUAUACUGUGAAACCAAUUGGAUUCAACAAAACUGGUGGAAGAGACCACACAGGCAGAAUAAGAACACAUGGACGUGGAGGUGGACGCAAACAGUGCUACCGUAUGAUGUGGUUUAAGCGUACUGGCCCCACAGAAGGUGCCCCCUUAGAAGAAAAAGUUAUAAAAAUUUUGUAUGAUCCUAAUAGAACAGCUAAGAUAGCUUUGAUAGCAGGUGGCAACCACAAACGUUACAUCACUGCCACUGUCAAUAUGAAACCUGGAGAUAUCAUCAAAACGUCUGGUCACAUAGGAAGAAUUGCAGUUUCUGCUUAUGAAGGCGAUGCGCAUCCCCUUGGUGCUUUGCCAAUUGGUACACUUGUCAAUUCUGUGGAGAUAUUUCCUGGACAUGGAGCCACCAUAGCCAGAGCUGCUGGUACAUGCUGUCAAAUAGUACGCAAAGCUGGAGGACAAGUGAUUGUACAGAUGCCGUCCAAGCAACAGAUUAGUGUCAGCGAGAGGUGCAUGGUAACUGUUGGCAGAGUCUCCAAUCCUGAUCACAAUAAGUUAAUUCUUGGAAAAGCUGGAGCUCUUCGUAAUUUAGGAUGGCGGCCUCAGAGUGGUUGGUGGCAAAGGAAAGGAGGCUGGGCGGGUAGGAAAAUAAGACCUCUCCCUCCCAUUAAAGUAUACCUUGAUCCAAAAAGGAAAGGAACACACAUUGAUUUAUAGGUCUCUUCCUGUCAUGUGACAUCAUCCAACCCAGUUCGUACCUAGAUGUGUGAGGAACAUUAACCAUUCGACCUUGUAUAUCUAAAGAUAUACACCGAAGCAUGAUGUUUUUUUUAAGCCUGUAGCACUGUACAGAACAUAUAUAAUUGUAUGUUGAAAUAAAAAAAUCAGUGUUACCUUUG